AACAAGCCGCACAACCAAGGUUUAAAUAAGGAUUCUGGAUACUGCCUGAUCCUUGGCCUUCGAAUACCUCUCCAGGCUGUGGAGGCACACCGUCUUUGUUACGACAGCACCAACAGUCCCAAGCUGCUUCUUCACACCAUGUCCACCCUCAAGCGCAAGGCCAAUGGAGCGCUGGCAGCCUCAGAUGCCAAGAAACCCAAACAGAACGGCAGCAUCACUUCAUUCUUUGGCGCACCCAAGACCACACCCGCCGCCGGCGCCACCACAUCGAGCAGCUCAAGUUCUACUACAGCGCCAGCAGCCUCAGCUCCAGCCAACCCACCGGCUGUCAGUUUCAACAAGCAGAAAUGGGUGGACAAGCUUACUGACGAACAGAGGGAGCUGUUAAAGCUGGAGAUUGACACUUUGGACGAGAGCUGGCUUGCGCUGCUCAAGGACGAGAUUACAACAAAGGAGUUUCUUGAUCUGAAGAGGUUCCUAGAUAGGGAAGCGAAUGCGGGCAAGAAAGUGUUUCCGCCAAGGGAGGAUAUCUAUUCAUGGUCCCGCCAUACACCAUUCCAUACGGUCAAGGUUGUAAUCUUGGGCCAAGAUCCUUACCAUAAUAUCAACCAGGCCCACGGGCUUGCCUUCUCAGUGCGACCACCGACCAAGGCGCCACCGUCUCUCAAGAACAUGUAUAUCUGCCUCAAGAACGACUACCCUGCCUUCUCGCCGCCGCCCAACAAUUCGGGCCUACUGACGCCUUGGGCCCAGCGCGGCGUGCUGAUGCUCAACACGUGCCUUACGGUCCGGGCGCACGAGGCCAAUUCGCACGCCAACCGGGGAUGGGAGAAGUUUACGCAAAAGAUCAUUGAGCUCGUGGCGGGUCGGCGCAGCAGGGGCGUGGUAUUUAUGGCAUGGGGCAGUCCCGCGGCCAAGAGGGUGAUCAAGGUCGACCAGAAGAAGCACCUGGUGCUCAAGGCGGUGCACCCGAGCCCGUUGAGCGCGUCCAGGGGAUUCUUUGACUGUGGGCACUUUAGAAAAGCCAAUGAGUGGUUGGUACAGAGGUAUGGGGAAGGGGAGGAAAUUGACUGGAGCCUGACAGAGGGAGUCAGCCUGUUCCCCAAGCCGAAGGUGGAGGUAGUCAAGGCGGCACCCGAGGCAGGUAAGGUCAAGAAAGAUGAUGAAGAGUUUGACUUUGACGAAGAAGAGGAGCUGGAGGCACUGGAGGAGUUGCGAAAGAUUGAAGACAACAAGAAGUCCGAGGUGUCAGCACCUUUGACUGCGAAGCAAGGUAUCGAGGUCAAAGGAGACGAAAAUAAGGAUCCUUCUACGGCUACGGCAUGA